AUGCGUGCGUUCAAGAGUGAGGUGAAUGGAGUGGGUGGGAGUGAGUUGUUGUCGGUGUUGAUGCGUCCGGACACCAGCCGGCCGGAGUUGGAUGAGAGCGUGGGGCAGAUGGUGACGAUGCACGCGGGCGGCGGUGAUGUGACGGUUUUGGUGUUGGCGCCCAAGAGGGCGUUUGAGGUGGACGUGGGGGGGGAGCGGACGUCGUUGACAAUGGAGACGGCGGUGGUGGAGGGUGAGAGCUACGACUGGUUCGAGCACUGGGACCGGAUGAUGGUGUGGCGACCGAAGGGGGGGCCGCCGAGCGACAAACGCGCGGAGGCGGCGCUGCUUGGCGCGCUGCGGCGCCGCUUAGCGCCGAGCGUGCGGCGAGGCAACCCCGAGGCGGUGGACGCACUCUGCUGCGACGUCUUUGGCGAACACUUCCACGAGCUGGACGAGCUGCAAGGUAAUGAAGACGGGUACGAGAUGCAGCUUCUGGACGACGGUGACGACGUCUCGGUUGCCCUGACGAGGCCGGUCGACGCUUCGGAGUUGAAGAAGCUCUUGGAGCAGGUGCCCGAAGACUGGAGACCGGCUCUGCUAAGGGCAGUGGCAUGUAAGGCUCAGGAUGGGAACGGCGGCGGGGACGUGGAGGGCGGGCGUGCCCGGCCCCGGAAGUGUCGCGCAGAAUAUUGGAUCGGAGGCGCUCUCGCCCUUGGCCUCACCGGGCUCUUGACCGGGUAUUGCUUCUUGAAUAAUCAGGGGGCGAAUCAGCAGUCCAGUGAGCCGGGAUGUCCGCAAUUCAGAUUCGGGGACCUCCGAACAACUGUUAUUUCAACGAACCGCUCAGGGACCGCCCCGAUGCCAGUGGCACCCUGCGACAGCGGCACUCUCUUCUGCGGCAACAAGCAAAACGCGUCUAUGAUCGACUUCUGCCGGAACUUCGGGCGCCCCUGGUCUGAACUCUUUUCGCAGGCUUGGAACAUUUCCCAAAGACUCGGGUUCGAAGAAUGCGGCGUCGUCUGCCAUACCCCCCAAGAAACAAGGAGCGCCAUCGCCACCCGGCUCCUCGAACGCUUCCCCCUUCAAGGCCUCAAUACGUCGAUCCCGAACCUACCACGGGCCGACCGGGGGGACGUCCCGACCUUGUUGGGUGAGGAGCAAAUCCAGCCAAUCUUCGCUGCAUUCAUUCGCGACCCGGACUGCUCAGGCUCGGUCUCGCCAUGGCGAGAACUCGACAAGCUCGGACGUUGCUUCUGCGACCAUGCGAACAUCACCUGCGACGUGUACAGCGAAAGCUUGACCACUGCGACCACAGAAACCACAAGGACUACAGAAUACCUGACUUACUACUUUUACCUCCCGAAAGAAAAGGAAGAAGACCAGAAGGUCGAAAAGUGUGGCGUGCCAAAUGACGCCUGGACUACAGCCUUUGGCGUGUCAACAUACCUCCCCGACUUGUCCGCCUCCUUCGCCCCCUAUGUGGAACAAGGCUACAAGGUCGGCUGCUGUAGCCACGAGUGCUCCUUAAUAAGCCCAGACGCCGAAAAGAUUGUGCGAGCAAACGAGCUGCAGGUCAGACGCGCGAUUUCGGUUUUAGGAAUGGCGAAAAAAGUGGCCUGGUUUAACGGGGCGUUCGAUAGGGGUCAGGCAGGACUGGGCUAG